AUGAGGGCUCGAUUCCCCAUACACCCCCUUUUGCCACCACCCAAACCCCAGCCCUUGUUGGAGCCCCCUCCGCCCAAGUUUAGACUGGUGCCCAGCGGACACCAGAUGCUGCUGACGCUGAGGAGAGAGAGCGAGGAGGACGGAGAAGACAUGCUGCUGACGCUGAGGAGAGAGAGCGAGGAGGACGGAGAAGACAUGCUACUGACUGCGAGAUUGGAGCCGAGCGGGCAUGAGAUGGUGCUGACGCUGAGAAGGGAGAACGAGGAGGACGGAGAGGACAUGCUGCUGACUGAGCGGUUCGUGCAGGAGAGGGGGGCGAGGAGGGACAGAAGGCUCAUUUUUCACAACCCCCCCCCUUUGUCACCACCCAAUUUCCAGCCUCUUUUGGAGCCCCCUCCCUCCAAGUUUAAAUUGGAGCCCAGCGGGCAUCAGAUGCUGCUUAUGUUGCGAAGAGAGAGCGAGGAGGACGGAGAGGACAUGCUGCUGACUGCGAGGUUUGUACAGGAGAGGGAGCUGAGCGGCGGAGCAGAGGAGGAGGAGGACGAAAAGGAGGGGGAAGGGGAUGGGGGAGUGAGGGGGUUGAGUGAGGAGGAGAGGAAGAAGAGGAGGUGGCAGAAGCAGGGGAGGGUGGAGGGUGUGAAAAUGGGCGAUCUGGUUUCGGGGCAGUGGAAGGAGAAGCUUAUGGAGGGAAUGGACACGGAUGAACGGACCGAGAUUGAGCAUAUGGGCAGCCGCAUCAUUGUUUGA